CUGCGCGUCCCCAUAAAUAGACGUCCGAGAGCCAAAUACGCAGCCGUUGGCUUCAGGUCCUCAGCUGUCAUAUUCACAUCGAACAGCAGCUCACGUCUGAGGCAGGCAGGACGCUUAAAUAGAGCAGGGAGGGACUCGUGGUUCGGUCAUGAUCUUAACUCAUUCUCUCAUGGGAUCGCGGAGUUUCAAAAGGCGAGGAGCAGGAACAAGGAUGAAUUUAAAAAUACCUUUCUGGAAAAAUGCCAGAAGUUCAAGAAGUCACAGAAGACCAAGUGUGAACAACUAUGGGAUGCCUUUCAAAAGGCCUACGUGAAGAAGGACCCUUGUAAAGUUCCCAUGGAGGAUUAUGAACCUCUCAUGACUUUAGCUCCCAUUGAACCUCUACAAGACAAGGCGAUGUUCUGGAGCAAAACAAAGGAUGUGGUCCACGACUUCACUAAGAGGACGGACUGUUUCGUCACGGUGGAGGACAGUCUGCUGGGAUCUGUCCUGGAUGGGCUCACCUGGUGUGGAAAGGAAGGCAGCAGUGAAACACUGACCACCGGCUGCCCAGACUGGAACGAAUGCCCCAACAACACCGUUAGCUCCUUUUGGAAACGCAUCUCGACUGCUGUGAGUAAAAGAAAAAAACUUCUCAGUUUGUCCUCAAAGAUGCAGGGAUGCAUCAGUUAG